UCCUCCACUCAGCCCGGGCUGUAAUUUAACCCUCGCUGGGCCUGACUUUGGAGUUGUUCUUGGAAAAAGCCAGCUCGUACAUGAAGUAGGGGGGUUGAAAAUUUGGGAAAGCCCUCUUUUUCUUUUUCUUUUUUUUUUUUCUUCUUCCUUUUCUUGGACUGCUGACGCGUACAGCGGCGGCGACGUGCUGCUCCCAGGCGCCGUGGAUCACUCUGCGCCCUUUCCAAGCCUCCACCAUGUUCCUGCUUCACUUUCUAGUCGCGGGGGCCUUCGUUUUACACGCUGGAUGUUACUUUUCCGAGGAAAAGUUUCCGGAGGAGUCGAAAAUGCAGCCUCCCACCGUGGUGAUCGCGAUCAUAGCCAGGAACGCUGCGCACUCGCUGCCCUACUACCUCGGAGCUCUGGAGAGACUCGACUACCCCAAAGAUCGCAUCUCAGUGUGGGCAGCAACAGAUCAUAACUUGGACAACACCACGGCCAUCCUGAAGGAGUGGCUGACUGUGAUGCAGAAGUAUUACCAUUAUGUCGAGUGGAGGCCGAUGGACAAACCCACGUCCUAUGCAGGAGAGUUGGGUCCUAAGCACUGGCCCAACAGCAGAUACGAAUACGUGAUGAAGCUGAAGCAGGCGGCGCUCAACUUUGCCAGAAAACGCUGGGCCGACUACAUCCUGUACGCUGACACAGACAAUAUCCUCACCAACCCGGACACCCUCAACCUGCUCAUAGCGGAGAACAAGUCGGUCAUCGCUCCCAUGUUGGACUCUCAGGGAGCGUACUCCAACUACUGGUGUGGUAUCACUCCGCAGGGAUAUUAUCGUCGGACAGCAGAGUACUUCCCCACCCGGCACCGCCACAGACAAGGCUGCUUCCCAGUGCCGAUGGUCCACAGCAGCGUGCUGCUGGAUUUGAGGAAGGAGGGCAUGAAGAAACUGGCUUUCUACCCUCCUCAUGAUGACUACUCUUGGCCCUAUGACGACAUCAUUGUUUUCGCCUUUUCUUGCCGCUCUGCAGAGAUCCAGAUGUACCUGUGCAACAAGGAGCGCUACGGCUACCUGAACGUCCCGGCCAAACCUCACCACACCUUGGAGGACGACCGCCUCAACUUCGUCCACGUCCACCUGGAGUCCAUGAUUGAUGGUCCUCCCAUGCAUCCCUCCCGCUUCGUCCACAUGUUCCCCAAACAGAGAGACCUCAUGGGGUUUGAUGAGAUAUUUCUGAUUAAUCUGCGACGCCGGCCUGACCGCAGAGACAGGAUGCUGUUCUCCCUGAACGAGCUGGAGAUCGACGUAAAGGUUGUAGAUGCUGUGGAUGGGAACGCACUGAACAGCAGCGACAUUAAGAUCUUGGGCGUGGACCUGCUGCCGGGCUACUACGAUCCGUUCUCUGGACGCACUCUGACCAAAGGAGAAGUGGGCUGCUUCCUUAGCCACUAUUACAUCUGGAAGGAGAUGGUGGACAUGCAGAUGGACAAGGCGCUGCUCUUCGAAGACGACGUCCGUUUCCAGGCCAACUUCAAGCGGCGCGUCCUCAGGUUGAUGGAGGAGGUGGAGCAGGUGGAGCUGGACUGGGACAUCAUAUACUUUGGGAGGAAGCAGGUGAAUCCUGGAAACGAAGAACCGGUGGACGAUGUCAGGAACUUGGUGGUGGCCGGCUACUCGUACUGGACGCUGUCCUACGCCAUCUCCCUGCAGGGAGCCCAGAAGCUGCUCAACGCUGAGCCGCUUUCCAAGAUGCUACCUGUGGAUGAAUUCCUCCCCAUCAUGUAUGACAAACAUCCCAACGAGGACUACAUGUCCCACUUCCCCAACAGGAACCUACAAGCCUUCAGUGUGCGCCCCCUCCUGGUCCAGCCGUGCCACUACGCCGGUGACCCCCAGUGGGUGAGCGACACGGAGACGUCGACUCUGUGGGACGACGACUCGGUCAGGACCGAUUGGAGGGGCUCCCACAAGACCCUGAAAGGGGCCUCGCCGCCACCCGAGAUGCUGUCAGCUGCCUACAAGGAUGAACUUUAGUGCGGCGCAGACGAGGCUGUGGAGAACCUGCAGGUCAAAAGGCCACGAGGUCAGAGAGACAGAUGCUGAGAAGAGAAAGUGUUCUCAGACUUCAUUUCGGUCUGCUCUGUGACACGCUCGGCGUCAUUUAAACUGGACUUUGGGUAUUUCCAAUUGUAGAAGGUGUUUGGUAUAGGAUGGACUUAAGGGGGAAACAACAUCAGGGACAGUGUUUGCUGAGGCGGUGUCUCGGCAUUUCAAACGCGCAAACUUGCACAACAGAUUUUUCUCAAGAAACAAUCCAAUGUUUAGAAUGUUUUUUACUUUGUUCUCAUGUUUAGGUGCCUUAUUCAAAAAGGUUUUACAAUUUUUUACGGAGGAUAUCAAGGUCAGAUCACUUUGGGUUAAAUGUACGCUUGUCCUGGUUGCAUGUUUAUAACGCGAAUCUGAGUUUUUACAAAAAAAAAUAACAAAGAUGUAGCUUUAACAAAAGUAUAUUUGUUAAUCUGUUGGUCACAGACUGAGGCUCCAGCAGCUGCACUGUUCACAACUCCUGGAAAGUCUGGACAGAAGUCUGAAAUCGUUGUAGCUUUUGUUCUUUUUUUUUUCUCUCUGUGUUGGUAUUUCUGUCUUUCUAUCCAUUCCUCUGCUCGUGUGUGUCGUCCACUGGGGUUAUUGAGCGAUACAGUUCAAUCUGCAUCAACGGUUUUAAAGCUUGGACAGUUUUUAGCUGUUUCAGUGGUACCAGAUUGUAUUCAUCAACUAUUACUAGUAACUCAAACUCACUGAAUGUUUGCAUUUGAACAAUUUAAGCUUCUACUUUGUCAACAUCAGUGGAUGAACUUGGACCACCUUCUAUUCCAGUGAUAGACCUUUUUGAGCCACGACCCCCAAGAUAACAUAAGUUUGUGUUCGUGACCCCCCAAUUUGAAUCUCAUGAGUAAUAAUCCUGUUGUUCGUGCAUUAAUGCGUUAAAAAUUAAUGUGUUAAUUCCACAGAUUCAUCUCUUUACAUUAACACGUACAUUUUCU